AAUCAGAAAAAUGGCAGAGGCCAGUGUUUCUUUGGAUCAGUUGAGCUGUCCAGUGUGUCUGGAUCCCCUAAAUGAUCCAGUGACUAUUCCCUGUGGUCACAGUUUCUGUAAGGUGUGUAUUAAUGGUCACUGGGAUCAGGAGGAUGUGAAGGGCAUCUACAGCUGUCCUCAGUGUAGAGAGACUUUUACUCCAAGACCUGUUCUACGCAGGAACAACAUGCUGGCUGAAGUGGUGGAGAAACUGAAGAAGACUGAACUCCAAGCUGCUUCUCCUGCUCACUGUUACGCUGGACCUGGAGAUGUGGAGUGUGAUUCCUGUACAGGGAGAAAACACAAAGCCAUCAAGUCCUGUCUGGUUUGUUUGGCCUCCUUUUGUGAAGAUCAUCUUAAACCUCACUAUCAGUCUCCUGCCUUUAAGAAGCACAAGUUAGUUGAAGCCUGUGCAGAGCUCCAAGAGAAGAUCUGCUCUGAACAUGACAAACUGAUGGAGAUUUACUGUCGUACUGACCAAAGCCUAAUCUGUUACUUGUGUACGAUGGAAGAACACAAAGGUCAUAAUAAAGUUUCAGCUAAAACAGAAAGAACUGAAAAACAGAAUGAGUUAAAGAAGGAGCAGAUGAAAUUCCAGCAGAGGAUCCAGGAGACACAGAAGAAAGUGCAGGAGCUGAAACAGACUGUGGAGUCUGUUAUGAGGCGUUCACAGGCAGCAGUAGAUGACAGUGAGAGGAUCUUUACUGAACUGAUCAGCUCCAUGGAGAAAAGGCGCUCUGAAAUGAUGGAGCUGAUCAGAGCUCAGGAGAACGCUGAAGUUAGUCGAGUGGAAGGACUCCUGAAUCAACUGGAGCAGAAGAUUGCUGAUCUUAAGAGGAGAGUCACUGAGCUGGAGCAGCUUUCACACACAGAUGAUGACAUCCACUUCCUCCAGAGUUUCCCGUCUCUCUGUGUUUCUCCUGGAUGUGAUGACUCACCCAGCUUCACUGUCAAUCAACAUCUCUCAUUUGAUGGAGUGAGGAAAUCUCUCUCAGAGCUGAAAAAACGAUUCGAGCAAAUCUUUGAGAAAGAUUUCAACAAAAUCAGACCACAAGCUCCAGUACUUCAGAUGACUUUACCCUCAAAACCAAAGGGCAGAGAAGAUUUUCUGCAGUAUUUCUGUCAUCUGACUCUGGAUCCAAAAACAGCACAUCGUCGACUCAUCCUGUCUGACAUGAACAGAGCAUUGAUAAGCAGAAGGAGAGAACAACCAUACCCUGAACAUCCAGAGAGAUUUGACUCCUGGCCUCAGGUGUUGUGUAAGGAGAGUUUGUGUGGACGCUGUUACUGGGAGGUGGAGUAUAGUGGUAUGGGUGUGGACAUAUCAGUCUCAUUUAAUAAUAUCAGAAGGAAAGGACGGCUGAAUAGCGGUUUGUUUGGACGCAACAGUCAGUCCUGGUGCCUGCAGUGUUUUAAACUCUCUCAUUGUUUCUGGCACAAACGAAACAAGACUGAGCUCCAAGGUCCAUCAUCCUCCAGAAUAGGAGUGUAUUUGGAUCACAGUGCAGGAACUCUGUCCUUCUACAGCGUCUCUGACACCAUGAGGCUCCUCCACAGUGUCCGCAUCCCAUCCAAUAAGCCUCUAUAUGCUGGAUUCCGUGUAUGCUAUUUGUACUCAACUUUGAAGUUAUGCGAUAAAGUUUAAUUGUUACUAAAAUUUCUUAGUCAAAUUAAAACCGACGUUUCAGAUUUUCUCUAGAUUAAUAAUUUACCUAAAAAAAACAAAGCAAAUUUUUGUAGAAUUGUUUUACAUUUUUUUAUUAUUUUUUUAUUUUUAUUAAUUUUUUUAAAUCUCAAAACAUUCAAGAAAACAGUUUUUUCAGAAAUAACAAAGUGCAACUAAUCUGCGUUUUCUUUCUAUUCUGCUGCUGAUGGAAAAACACCAUACUGUGUGCAAAAGGCAUUUUUAUUUAAUACGUUGUACCUUGCAUGAUAAUUCCUUGGCUAUGCUUCAUUGCCUUUAUAAUUAUUUACUACAAAAUAUUUUCUAGAUUAAUCUGUUGACAAUAUGUGUGCAGCUCUAUAAUCCUGGGUGAUUAGGACUUUUCUGCUUUUGCUCUUGCCUUGACUUGUUACUGUUGUUUACUGUUCGACUGACUGGGUUUUUCUUUGUUUCUCUACUGAUGCCAUUGUUUUUAUUAAACUUUCACACCUACACUUCUAUUUUUUUCAGCAUCUUUGUCCUGACAACAUUUUUGACACAUGGGAUGUCACUUGUAUACAUGUAUAAUCACAAAGCUUUUUUUAAAUCAAUCUUUAUUGAUGCUUUUGGACAUUAUACAUUAUUAUGUUUAUGAUCCAAAGUAAUUAUUAACUGUUAUAUCAUCAGUUAUUAUUAAAGCAAAUUUGUAGCAAAUUGCACUAGAAUAAAGAGAUAAAGUGUGAAAGUAGAGUGUUGAAUGUUAAAUUGCUGCCGUGUGGAGGUGUUAAUCAUCCUCUCCAGGACAGGAAGUAGAUCUGUCCUGGUGCAUCUCCACACAUGAUCUGACUCGGAUCAUUGUUGUUCACC